GGCAUACAUUCUCAGUUCUUCCGGUGCGGGUGAGGAAGGGAUUAACGUCCGUCUCGCUGCUCUCUUUCCGUGAAAGAACGGCAGCCCUAUCGCGUUUACCGGCAUUUAGAACCGGAACGGCGUCCUGACAAACCGUUCGUUAACUCAUCGAGCUGUUUAUGAGAGUUAGGGAUGAACUGAGAAUGAAUGUCAACCAGCAACCUCACAUGGCCUCUCCUUAUGGGCAGCCUCAGCCUGGGUAUCAGGGCUACCCCCAGCCAGGAUAUGGGGGUGGCCACGUGCCAUCGGGAUAUCCGGCUCAGUAUGCACCUUAUAAUGGGCCGGGCUCUGCCUACCAACAAGGUCCACCGCAAGGAUAUUCUCCUUAUGCAAGCUUUCCCUCUAAGACUCUCGCAACAAACUUAGUCUCUGACCUGUCCUCUCCUCUUGACCUAGGUAUGAGAGGACCCCCCACCUCUGGGGCACCACCUGUCUCGGGUGCCCAGAACUAUUCUCAGUUUGGGCAAGGAGAAACUCAGAAUGGACCACCACCAAUGGGUGCUCCACCACAGAGGCCUCCAGUGUCUCAAACUUACACUCCAGGUGCAGUGAAUCUGCCUGGUCCUCAACCCCCAUACGGCCAGCAGUUUGGAGCUCCACCUGUCAGCAUGCAGCAGAUGACCAAUCAGAUGGCUAGCAUGCAGGUUGGCUCCACUGCACCAUCCCCUGCAGGCCCAAGCUAUGCCCAUCCCUUUGUGUCCCAGGCUGCAGCUCCACCUACUUUCCCACCCGCUUCCACUGCUCACUCACAGCCUCCACCUACUGAAGCUGUAGCUCAGGCUCCUCUUCAGUCAUACUACAGAACUAUGCCACCUGCCCAGCAGCCUUUCCCAAAUGCUGUCCCACCUUUCUCCUCCACUGGCCCCACUCAGCCCCAAGCUCCACCACCGGUUUCUCCACAGUCCUUCCCUCAAGCUCCACCUGUCUCUCAGCCUCCUUUUUCCACAGCCCAGGUACCUCCAGGUCCCACCCAGUUAUACAGAGGCCCACUUCCUUCAACGCAGCCCUCUUUCCCAAGACCACCGCUUCCCACCUCCCAGCCCUCUGCAUUCCCUGCAGGUCCACCUCCCACCUCGACUCCAUCUCAGCUCCCAGGAGUCAUGCAGCCCCAACUGCCAGUUUCCCAACCCUCACCUUACCACUCAGGUCCCCCUCCAACCUCUACUGGUUUUCCACCACAAGUUGGUCCUCCACCAAGGCCUCCCCUUGCUGGAAUGCAGGGCCCUCCUAUGGCUUCACAGGGGCCUUCUAUGGCAUCACAGGGGCCUCCUAUGACAUCUCAAGGGCCUCCUAUGGCAUCACAAGGGCCUCCAAUGGCACAGGCUAAUCAUAUACUCCCUACACAACCUGGCAUGCCACCUGGUCCUAUCAACACUUCCCUGUCAGGGCCACCACCACAGCCAGGAAUGCAGGGAUAUCCUCAGCAAAAUGGUGCUUUCGGGCAGGUCAGAGGUCCUCAGCCUGGUUACACGGGACCAUAUCCUGGGCAGCCAAACUAUGGAGCACCACCUGCUGCACCUGCUCUAGCGCCAGCUGCCCCAAAGAGGCUUGAUCCUGAUUCUAUUCCAAGCCCGCAAGCCUCUGACAUGCCGCCUGUGCAGAAAACAAGACAUAGAAUAGACCCAGACGCAAUCCCAAGUCCAAUUCAGGUUAUCGAGGAUGACAAAGCGAACAAGGGAAGUGAACCUUUUACUACAGGGGUCAGAGGUCAAGCCCCACCUCUUGUCACCACCAAAUUCCAAGUUAAAGAUCAAGGGAAUGCGAGUCCACGCUACAUCCGUUGUACAGCCUACAACAUUCCCUGCAAUUCCGACAUGGCAAAACAGUCCCAGGUUCCCCUGGCUGCUGUCAUUAAUCCCCUGGCCCCUCUGCCUCUAGUUGAGACACCGCCAUAUCUCCUGGAUCAUGGAGAAAGUGGUCCCAUCCGCUGUAAUCGCUGUAAGGCCUAUAUGUGCCCGUACAUGCAGUUUAUCGAAGGUGGUCGUCGUUUCCAGUGUGGCUUCUGCAGCUGUGUCACCGAGGUGCCUCCCCAUUACUUCCAGCAUCUGGAUCACACAGGAAAGAGGGUGGACUGCUACGACCGACCAGAGCUCUCGAUGGGCAGUUAUGAGUUUACGGCUACUGUGGACUACUGUAAGAACAACAAGUUUCCUCAGCCACCAGCCUUCAUCUUCCUGAUUGACGUGUCCUACAAUGCUGUGAAGAAUGGCAUGGUGGGAAUUGUAUGUCAGGAGCUGAAGACACUGUUGGAUUACUUGCCAAGAGAGAACCCUGAUGUGGAAUCAAACAUUCGAGUUGGCUUCGUCACCUACAAUAAAGUGCUUCAUUUCUAUAAUGUGAAGGCCUCCCUUGCUCAGCCUCAGAUGAUGGUAGUGUCAGAUGUGGCUGACAUGUUUGUGCCCCUACUGGAUGGAUUUCUGGUCAGUGUCUCAGAGUCCAGGGUGGUUAUUGAGAGUUUGUUGGAUCAGAUCCCCGAGAUGUUUGCAGACACCCGGGAAACUGAAACUGUGUUUGGGCCUGUCAUUCAGGCCGGGCUGGAAGCGCUCAAGGCUGCAGACUGUGCUGGAAAGCUUUUUGUUUUCCACUCGUCUCUUCCCAUUGCUGAGGCUCCAGGCAAACUGAAGAACAGGGAGGAUAAGAAACUAGUGGGCUCUGAUAAAGAAAAGUCAUUAUUCCAGCCCCAAGUUAGUUUUUACAACACUCUAGCCAAGGAGUGUGUUGCACAGGGUUGCUGUGUGGACCUCUUCCUCUUUCCCAACCAGUAUGUUGAUGUAGCAACGUUAGGGGUGGUCCCCAUUUCAACGGGCGGCUCCAUUUACAAAUACACCUACUUCCAGGCUCCAUCUGACCAGGAGCGUUUUCUCAAUGACCUGAGGAGAGAUGUGCAGAAGCAGAUGGGCUUUGAUGCAGUGAUGAGGGUCCGUACCAGCACAGGUAUCCGGGCGACCGAUUUCUUUGGUUCCUUCUACAUGAGCAACACCACCGAUGUAGAGCUGGCAGGACUAGACUGUGACAAGACUGUUACCGUGGAGUUCAGACAUGAUGACAAGCUCAGCGAGGAGACUGGAGCUCUAAUGCAGUGUGCGGUUCUGUACACCAGCUGCAGUGGUCAGCGACGACUUCGGAUCCAUAACAUGGCAGUGAACUGCUGCUCUCAGCUGGCAGACCUGUACAGGAACUGUGAGACUGAUACCAUCAUCAACUUCUUUGCCAAAUAUGCAUAUCGGAGUGUACUCAGCAGUCCUACCAAGAAUGUCCGUGAUAGUCUGAUGAAUCAGUGUGCACAGAUCUUAGCCUGUUACCGCAAGAACUGUGCCAGUCCAUCUUCAGCAGGGCAGUUGAUUUUACCAGAAUGUAUGAAGCUGCUGCCCGUGUACCUGAACUGCAUGUUAAAGAGUGACGUUCUGCAGCCAGGGGCGGAUGUCUCCCUGGAUGACCGUGCCUACCUGAGACAGCUGGUCAGCACUAUGGAUGUGGCCGAGAGCCAUGUGUUCUUCUACCCUCGUCUGCUUCCGCUGCAAAAGCUGGAUGUUGAGAGCAUGACUCUGCCUGUGUCAGUGAGAGACUCAGAGGAGAGACUGUCUAGGGGAGGAGUGUACCUGUUAGAGAACGGACUGAACAUUUUCCUUUGGGUUGGGGUCAAUGCCCAACAGGAGCUGCUUCAGAACAUCUUUGGCACGCCGGCCUUCAGCCAGAUAGACCCCAGCAUGACCUCUCUGCCGGCUUUGGAUAAUCCUUUUUCAAAGAGACUAAGGGAGAUUAUCGAGUCCGUCAGAGCGCAGCGCUCACGAUACAUGAAGCUCAUGGUGGUGAAACAAGAAGACAAGCUGGAGCUGAUCUUCAAGCACUUCCUUGUGGAGGAUAAGAGCAACAAUGGUGGGGCCUCUUACGUGGAUUUCCUGUGUCACAUGCACAAGGAGAUUCGUCAGCUCCUGAGCUAGGAGCAUCAGGUCCCCCCUUCUCCUCCCUUGGCUCUGUACUCAGAAGCGCUUUAACUUUUUAUUUAACAUAAUAAACAAAAUCCCUUUGCCCAUCAUCUUCUUUACCUCAAGUAUAAUCUCAUCCACGUGACUCUUGAGGAAGAAGCCACCUUGUAAAGGAAAUGUUGCUCUGUCAGAUAACGGUGUUCUUUUGGUUUUAGUGGUGGGAGUUUUGACCCGAAUUUCUCCUCUCUUUCGAUGACAGGCUCUUGAGACUUUGUGUGUGCGUGUGUUUGAUAGAGGAGGAGAUAUGCUGUUGUUACUGCUCUACAGCUGAUCAGGUUGCGAAGCCUCAAAUAGAGCUUAAACCGUUUCUUCAGAACAAAACAGCUACCGGGUUUUAGAGUGUGCUUGAAUGUGAACGUCGAUGUUGAUUGUACUAGGUGUUCUGUGAGAAACACUAGCACUGAUUAAUGGUCUCUAGGUACUGAAGGACAGAAAAAUAACCGCAUUAGAAAUUAAUCUAGACCUACUCGGAAUACAGUGAAAUAAAAUCCCUCAUCUUAUUCCAAUAUGAAUAGAAAGAUGUUUUAGAACAAGUUAGAUUCAUGUCUAUCCAAUUAUUUGUAUUUUUCUGCUUAUGUUCUGUUUCUCUUUGAUUCUCUCUCUCUCUCUCUCUCUCUCUCAACCUUGGCAUUACUGAUACUGUCUCUAUUUUUUCAUUCGUUAUUCUGUUUAUCUUGUCUAAUUUGUCGUUUUCACCUUUUUAAAGUGUGCAAAAAACCUAAUAGACUCUAUGGGAGUUUGAAGUGUGCUGUUAAUCGUUCAAAAUGUCUUUUACUCUGAAAAAAAAACAUUAGAAAUAAAAGUCUAUGCAUCAACAUAUCUUUAAAAGAAAGAGGGAAAGCUGUUCAAGAGCCUGAGCCGAAUGUUGCGCUUCUUUUUCUCCUUGCUACCACCCUCAUUCUCUAUAAGAAGCAGAUAUGCCUACAAUUGAUGUGAUACUAGUGACGUUUCUGCAUCCUGAUGGAGAAUAUGGAUCCCUAUGGAUGCCCGGACAGGGAGUUGAAUUUCAGAUGAGCCUCUCAGGAGGAUGGGAGUUGUCAAAACCCUAUAGAUGGUUCAGUAAUUGGGCAUAUAUUACAGAAGCAUUCAGGCAUUCAUUCAGUUCCCUAUUCAAUUCUCUUUUUCUUUACUGUAUGGUCUGUUAGAAACCUGUAUACUACAUGAGCUUGUUAAUGUAUCAGAUAUGAUUUAAUAUUAUGUUCUAAAUCUGUUAAAGGAGCGGGUGGCGUCUCUCUGCUCUAGUGUAUUAAUCUUUGUGCAAUGGAAGCCUGUGCUGAGAGUGGAGUGCGGGACUCAUUUAGAAACUGACCAUUUUUAACCGGUUUUCCAAGCGAGUGAAGUCAAGCACAUGUGGAAUUGUGACCUUAAAAGCAAUCAACACUGAAUACCUUGUCAUCACAUUUAUUACAUGUACAGAAUUAAACAUUUAAAAAAUGAUGUCAAGCUAGUGUGCUUUGUUGAAUCUACAUAUGAUGUUUGGGUGAGGUGAAGGUUGUUGUUGUUGUUUUUUCCCCCUCAGUGCUUCAAAAUCUUUUACAAGCUCAUCUUAGUCCUUUCAAAGACAUUCUGAAAUAUAUCUUCAUCUCUGUCUAAUAUUACAGAGCUCUUUUAUAUAGAAGGGUGAGCUGGUGUGUUUAUCAGAGAUGUAUCCUAGUGAGGUUCUCUUUAGAACGGAGGGAUCUGCCUUUGAGUUUGCUUUUUUUUUUUUUUCUCUCAUUUUUGUGUUUGUCUCUAACCCAUAUAUUUUUUUGUUGGUCAUAGACUCCUCAGUGUCUUUCAGAGUUGUCGUCUUGUUUCAUCUAUGCCUCCUGACUGCAAAUAAAUACCUAUAUCAAUUCA